AUGCUACUGAAUACGAUAUCUAUCUAUCUAUCUAUCUAUCUAUCUCAGUCUGUUCAUAUCUAUCUAUCUAUCACUUCUGGGGGAAGAAGGUAUACGUUGUCUCAUAGCAGCUUUUCUUGCAUUAGCUCCCCCCUCUAUUUCAUGUACUCUUCUUUGAGCUUCUUUCUAUCUUUCUCCCCCCCUCUCUCUCUCUCUCUCUCGUACGCGGGCGCAGUUUUAUCUAUCUAUCUAUCUAUCUAUCUAUCUAUCUAUCUAUCUAUCUAUCUAUCUAUGUACAGCGCUUUCAUAUCUAUCGAUCUAUCUAUUUAUCCCUCUAUCUAUCUUAGCCUGUUCAUAUCUAUCUAUCUAUCUAUCUAUCUAUCUAUCUAUCUAUCUAUCUAUCUAUCUAUCUCAGUCUAUUCAUAUCUAUCUAUCUAUAUUAGCUUGUCCAUAUCUAUCUAUCUAUCUAUCUAUCUAUCUAUCUAUCUCAGUCUUUUCAUAUCUAUCUGUCUAUCUAUCUAUCUAUCUAUCUAUCUAUCUAUCUAUCUAUCUAUCAGCCUCUUCGUAUCAAAUUAUGUGAAAAGUGAACUAAUUGCUAUUGGUACUUGGAAAGAAAUUGGAAAACCGGCCUUGAAAUGCAUCUGA